UCUCGCUCUCUCUCAACAGUCUACAUACAGACAGAUAUGGAUGCUGAUAAGUACUUACUGAGAGGUUAUACCUCAUUAUCUGUUACUCAUGAUCAGUUACCCAGAAGUGAACCAGAAGAAGAUUUGCGAAAAGGGCCAUGGACAGUUGGGGAAGACUCAAUUCUCAUGGAGUAUAUCAACAUUCACGGUGAGGGCCGAUGGAAUUUACUGGUAGGGAACUCGGGACUGAAACGAAGUGGCAAAAGCUGCAGACUGAGAUGGUUGAACUACUUGCGCCCAAAUGUUCGACGUGGAAAUAUCACCCUCCAAGAACAGCUUCUGAUUCUUCAACUUCAUUCUCGCUGGGGCAAUAGGUGGUCGAAGAUAGCGGAGUACUUGCCGGGAAGAACAGACAAUGAGAUCAAGAACUACUGGAGAACAAGGGUCCAGAAGCAAGCAAAGCAGCUCAACUGUGACGUAAACAGCAAGCGAUUCCAGGAAGCCAUGCGUUACGUUUGGAUUCCACGCUUAAUGGAACGGAUCCAGUCUUCAAUAGAUUCUACUGUGGUAUCGGGUCAAACCACCGCCACGGCCACUGCCACUGCCUCUGCAUUUACGCCACCAGAUGGAUACUGCUUCUCUGACCAAAGUAAUACAGCGGCGGCUGGGUCUUCUCAAAACUACUUGCCCGUGGCGUCUGGAGCUUCGUCCAGUUCAACGGAAUUUAAUAUUCUUCAGCCUACCAGAACUAAGGUCAGUGAACUCGACUACUAUCCAACGACCGGGGAAUACUGUUCUUCAACUUACGGGUCGGGUAACUCGGGUUGCUACCAAGAUGGUUCACAAUUUCAAGGUUCCGAUCAGAUAGAAAGCAGCAACAGUUGGUCAGCUCCUGGUGGGGACCUGGAGGAGAAUUUAUGGAAUGAAGAGAAUAUAUGGUUCUUGCAACAGCAGCUUAAUAACGACUGAUGAUAGAUGGAGUCACUGGGGUAUCUUAGAGUAACGGUACCAAGUAUAUAUAUAUGUGGGUUAGUGGGUAGAUUCAACGACGUAGUGAAUAAUUUAAUUUGUGUGUAUUUAUUUUCCAGACAAAUAUAUAUAGAGAGGACUGCAACAAAUCUAUGGAAUGUAUGAGCUAGA